UCCACCGUUGGAUUAUGUUAUCUGAUUCGUGUAUGACUAGGAAAAGCAUAGUCCAGAAAAAAAUGAAAUUAAUCCAUAAUGAAAAAAUAAUGACCCCACAAUUUCUUCAAUCUCAAUUUCAAAACCACUUUAAGUCUUACACGUAUACAAUGAAAUUGCACAAUAAGCAAUCCCAAUUGCCCCUUUUAUUGGCUUUGACUUGAAGCAAUCCAAAAACCCUGAAUUAAAUCUCAUUCAUCUUUGAUCUUACAAAAACUAAAAAACCCAUUUUUCUUCAAUCAAAUUGAAUUAGGGAAAUAUUGUCAUAUUGAAAUAAUCAUGGCUAAGAUCAUAAGUAAUGGUUAUAAGUUUCCUGCUUGUAAUCAUGGUUUUGGUUACAAUAAGUUUGAUAGUUUUUCUCAUGUUAUGGUAAAGAUGCCGGUUUUUUCGACUUCCGGAUCGAAUUUGACCCUUCGGAUGUCGGCCGACGCCGAUUUUUUCGAUCGGCGUGCGGCUUUAGGUGGUCAAGGCAGAAGGGUUCUGACACAAGUAGCUGCAGCUUCUGAUUCUAAGAUGGGUAUUAUUGGCAUUGGAAAAUCUUUAAAAUGGUGGGAAAAAGGGCUUCAACCAAACAUGAAGGAAAUAACCGGUGCAGAAGAUCUCGUUGAAUCGCUGUCAAAAGCCGGCGAUCAACUAGUCAUUGUCGAUUUCUUCUCACCUGGUUGUGGUGGCUGCAGAGCUCUUCACCCCAAGUUAUGUCAAUUAGCAGAGAUGAAUCCUGAUGUCCAGUUUUUGCAAGUGAACUAUGAGGAGCACAAAUCCAUGUGUUAUAGCCUCAAUGUUCAUGUUCUUCCAUUCUUUCGGUUUUAUAGAGGGGAUGAGGGUCGUCUUUGUAGCUUUAGUUGUACCAAUGCUACGAUCAAGAAGUUUAAAGAUGCAUUGGCGAAACACAAGCCCGACCGAAGCAGUGUAGGCCCAGCGAAAGGUCUCGAGGAGAAAGAGUUGGUGGCACUCGGGGCCAAUCGGGACCUUUCUUUUGCGUAUAAUCCACAACCGGAGAACCCGCAAAAGGAGGUUGCACCACCACCAUUGCUGCCAGUGCCAACGGUGGCAACAGGGGGUUCAGGUUCACAAAGCCUGCCUCUUCCUCUUCCGAUUCCCUUGAAGUCAACAUCGGAAUCGAAAGAAGAUAAUAAAGAUAAAACAUUGGUGUCUUCUGGGAGAUGAGUUUUAUCAUAAGUAUUUCGUAUGUUAUAUUUUAGUGUUUUUGUACUAUUUUUGUGGAUGUGUAAAUAGUACAAUGGUCUAGCCCAAGUGUGUGCACAUCUGUAUGCCCAUUUUAUUGUGGCAUUCAGAAGCUUAAAUUUGAAAUUUCUGUCUAAUAAGAGGGUGAUUUUGUUUUACA